AGAAUGGCGCGGUUCGGAGACGAAGUACCGGCCAGGUAUGGUGGAGGACCCGGUCAAGGGGGACCUGGCCGUGGUGGCAGCAGGCAAGGCGGUCCGCCAGGAGCCCAGAGGAUGUACAAGCAGUCAAUGGCUCAGCGAGCCCGCACUAUGGCCAUGUACAAUCCUAUACCGGUGCGGCAAAACUGCUUCACGGUCAACCGCUCUUUAUUCAUUUUUAGUGAGGACAACUUUGUGAGAAAAUACGCCAAAAAGAUCACCGAAUGGCCUCCCUUUGAGUACAUGAUCCUGGCCACCAUCAUCGCCAACUGCAUUGUCCUGGCCUUGGAGCAGCACCUGCCUGAUGGAGACAAAACACCCAUGUCCGAGCGUCUGGAUGACACAGAACCCUACUUCAUCGGCAUCUUCUGCUUCGAAUCAGGCAUCAAGAUCUUAGCUCUGGGCUUUGCUUUCCACAAGGGCUCCUAUCUCCGCAAUGGCUGGAAUGUAAUGGACUUCGUUGUGGUGCUUACUGGAAUCCUCUCCACUGUGGGCUCAGACUUUGAUUUGAGGACUCUUCGUGCCGUCAGAGUGUUGAGACCUCUCAAACUGGUUUCUGGGAUUCCCAGCCUGCAGGUGGUGCUCAAAUCCAUCAUGAAGGCUAUGAUCCCCCUACUGCAGAUCGGCCUGCUUCUCUUCUUCGCAAUCCUUAUGUUUGCCAUCAUAGGCCUAGAGUUUUACAUAGGCAAAUUCCAUACCACCUGUUUUGACAACAUCACUGAUGAGAUCCGUGAGGAGUUUCCCUGUGGGACCGAACCGCCGUCUCGACUCUGUCCAAACGGGACGACCUGUAAGAAGUAUUGGCUGGGGCCCAACUAUGGCAUCACCCAGUUUGACAACAUCCUCUUCGCUAUACUCACUGUCUUCCAGUGCAUAACCAUGGAGGGCUGGACUGACCUGCUCUAUCAUAGUGACGAUGCUUCAGGGAGUACCUGGAACUGGAUGUACUUCAUUCCUCUCAUCAUCAUUGGAUCCUUCUUCAUGCUUAACUUGGUACUGGGUGUGUUGUCUGGAGAGUUUGCCAAAGAGAGGGAGCGUGUCGAGAACAGGAGUGAGUUUCUGAAGCUCAGGAGACAGCAGCAGAUAGAAAGAGAGCUGAAUGGAUAUCUGGAGUGGAUCUGCAAAGCAGAAGAAGUCAUUUUGGCAGAUGAAGACAAUGAGACGGAUGAUCGGAUGCCAUUUGAUGGCUCUCGCAGGAGACCCACCAUAAAGAAGAAUAAGAAUGACCUUCUGAAUGCGGAGGAGGGAGAUGGGGACCUCGUGGGUUCUCCGUUUGCACGUGCCAGCCUGAAAAGCUCAAAGUUAGAGGGCUCAUCCUUCCAUAAGAGGGAGCGUCGCCUGCGCUUCUUCAUCCGCCGCGUGGUGAAGAGCCAGGCCUUUUACUGGACCGUCCUGUGUCUGGUGGGACUGAACACACUGUGUGUGGCAGUGGUGCACCAUGAUCAGCCAGUCCUGCUCUCCGACUUCCUCUACUUUGCUGAGUUCAUCUUCUUGGGGAUCUUUAUGUUUGAGAUGUGCAUUAAGAUGUACGGACUGGGGACCCGACCAUACUUCCACUCAUCCUUCAACUGCUUCGACUGCAUUGUCAUUUGUGGAAGCAUUUUUGAGGUGCUUUGGGCUUUGGUCCAGCCAGGGACCUCGUUUGGGAUCAGUGUCUUGCGAGCUCUCAGGUUAUUGAGGAUCUUCAAAGUUACCAAGUACUGGACAUCUCUGAGAAACCUGGUGGUAUCUCUGUUAAACUCUAUGAAGUCCAUCAUCAGCUUGCUCUUCCUUCUCUUCCUUUUCAUCGUAGUCUUCGCUCUGCUGGGCAUGCAGCUGUUUGGUGGACAAUUUAAUUUCGAGAAUGGAACUCCUCCGACAAACUUUGAUACCUUUCCUGCAGCAAUAAUGACGGUGUUUCAGAUUCUGACAGGUGAGGACUGGAACAUGGUGAUGUAUGAUGGCAUUGAGUCUCAGGGAGGAGUCAAUAAGGGCAUGGUCUUCUCUGUCUUCUUCAUUGUUCUAACACUGUUUGGCAACUACACUUUACUCAACGUGUUCUUGGCCAUCGCUGUGGACAAUCUGGCCAAUGCACAGGAGCUGACCAAGGAUGAGCAGGAGGAAGAGGAGGCAGCAAAUCAAAAACUGGCCCUACAGAAAGCCAAAGAGGUGGCAGAGGUCAGCCCUUUGUCUGCAGCCAACCUCUCCAUCGCGGCUGUGACAGUUAACACAGAGCGUCUCAACGCUACUGAACACUUACUGGACUGUAAGGAACAGCAGAAGAACCAUAAAGGAGCCAGGUCUGUGUGGGAGCAGCGAACAAGUGAGCUACGGAGACAGACUCUGAUGACCAGCAGAGAGGCACUGUACAACGAGCUGGAUCCUGAGGACCGCUGGAAGGUCUCAUAUUCCCGACACAUUCGGCCGGACAUGAAAACGCACCUGGACCGGCCACUGGUCGUAGACCCACAGGAGAACCGCAACAAUAACACCAACAAGCCACGUCCUGGCCAGCCGGAGCAUGAGCCCAGGUUUAGCCAGCAGCUCCUGCCAAAGCACACCUGCCUCAACCAGAGAGAGGAAGGUGAUGGAGGGGUCAGAGGUGGAGGUGAAGGUGUGGAAUUUGGCCCAAGAAGGCCUUUUGAGAGGGGUGAGUCCACCGAGUCCGGUCGGAGCUGUAGGGACAUGGAGAGCCAGGAAAAAGUUAGAGAGCCUCAUCGCCGACACCAGCGCAGGGAGCACCGCACUCAGGCAUCUGAGCACCGUCGUCCACGGCAACACCGUAGGACUCCAGAGGAGGAAGGAGAAGCAGGGACCAGAGGUGAACGACAGCACCGUGAGGGUGGGCACAGGAGCAAAGCCAUGGACGGAGGAACAGAGGGAGAGAACUCAGACGCAGUGGAGCGGCGACAGAGACGGCAUCGCCACAGCACACAGUCCACCAACGAGGGCGAUGGAAGGAGGGAGAAAGGAGAGAGAGGAGAGCGGAGACAGCAUCGUGCACGAAAGGGUGGUCAGGGGAAUGGCCCCACUCUCUCAACUACUCGGCCAAUCCAGAAGAUGCUGUCGAGGCAGGACAGCCAGUACAGUGAGGACCUUGACAAUGUCAUGAACAACAAGCUAGCCACACAACCACCUCUGACAGGGGCACUACCGUUCCACAACCACGGCCACUUAAAUUACAGUAACACCUCCAGCCCACACGACAGCCUCCUCAACCUGGCCAACACUGCCCACAGCGCAACAGAGACCAACCCAGCCUUCAGCCACACCACUAACACUGCUAACCUGGCUAACAGCGCUAACCUGGCUAAUAGCGCUAACUUGGCCACAAGUGGCAGCAGGAUGCCGGAACACACUGCCAUUGACAUGCCUGCCAUGUUCCCUUCCAGCAAUGCCAUCCUACAGGUAAAUAAGAAUGCUAACACAGAGCCCCUGCCAAAAAAGGAAGAUAAGAAAGAUGAUGAUGACAACGAUGAUAAAGACGACAGUGGCCCUAGGCCCAUGCCUCCAUACCGCUCUAUGUUCAUCCUGUCCACCACUAACCCGUUUCGGAGACUUUGUCACUACAUUGUCACUCUGAGGUAUUUUGAGAUGUGUAUCCUGUUGGUGAUUGCUAUGAGCAGCAUUGCUUUGGCUGCGGAGGACCCUGUAUGGCCUGAAUCCCCUCGCAACAAUGUCCUGCGUUAUUUUGAUUAUGUCUUCACUGGUGUUUUCACCUUUGAGAUGCUAAUAAAGAUGGUUGAUCUAGGACUGGUCUUGCAUCAGGGAUCAUAUUUCCGUGACCUGUGGAACAUCCUGGACUUUAUUGUGGUUAGUGGUGCCUUGGUGGCCUUCGCCUUCACCAGCGCCAGCGGAGGGAACAGUAAGGGGAAAGACAUCAGUACCAUCAAGUCCCUGCGUGUGCUGAGAGUGCUCAGGCCCCUGAAGACCAUUAAACGCCUGCCCAAGCUCAAGGCUGUGUUUGACUGUGUGGUGAACUCUCUGAAGAACGUGCUGAACAUCCUCAUUGUCUACAUGCUCUUCAUGUUCAUCUUCGCUGUGGUGGCUGUGCAGCUCUUCAAGGGCAAAUUCUUCUACUGUACUGAUGAGUCGAAGGAAUUUGAGCGUGACUGCAGGGGAGAGUAUCUGGUGUAUGAGCGUGAUAACGAAGUGAGGGCGCAGAAGCGGGAAUGGAAGAAAUACGAGUUCCACUACGACAAUGUGCUUUGGGCCCUGCUCACCCUCUUCACUGUUUCAACUGGGGAGGGGUGGCCGCAGGUGCUCAAACAUUCAGUGGACGCGACUUAUGAGAACCAGGGCCCGAGCCCAGGCUAUCGCAUGGAAAUGUCCAUUUUUUACGUAGUGUACUUCGUGGUCUUCCCCUUCUUCUUUGUCAACAUCUUCGUGGCUCUCAUCAUCAUCACCUUCCAGGAGCAAGGAGACAAGAUGAUGGAGGACUACAGCUUAGAAAAGAAUGAGAGAGCUUGUAUCGACUUUGCCAUCAAUGCCAAACCUCUGACACGUCACAUGCCUCAGAACAAACACACCUUCCAGUACCGCAUGUGGGAGUUUGUGGUCUCUCCGCCGUUUGAGUAUACCAUCAUGGCCAUGAUUGCACUCAACACCAUCGUCCUCAUGAUGAAGUAUGACGGAGCCUCUAAGGUUUAUGAGGAUGUUUUGGCCUAUCUCAACAUAGUCUUUACCUCGCUCUUCUCCAUGGAGUGUGUCCUCAAGAUCAUUGCCUUUGGAGCACUGAACUACUUCAAAGAUGCCUGGAACAUUUUUGACUGUGUGACUGUGCUAGGCAGUAUUACUGACAUUCUAGUAACAGAGCUAGGGGAUAACUUCAUAAAUCUGAGUUUCCUGCGACUCUUCAGAGCUGCCCGCCUCAUUAAACUGCUUCGACAGGGUGAAACCAUACGCAUCCUACUCUGGACCUUUCUCCAGUCUUUUAAGGCUUUACCAUAUGUGUGCCUACUCAUCGCUAUGCUAUUCUUCAUCUACGCCAUCAUUGGCAUGCAGCUCUUUGGGAACAUAGCGAUCGAGGAAGAUGGAGACAGUGCAAUUGACUCACAUAACAAUUUCAGGACCUUCUUCCAAGCCUUGAUACUAUUGUUCAGGAGUGCGACUGGGGAAGCUUGGCAUGAGAUAAUGCUGUGGUGUUUGGGAGGGAAACAGUGCGAUGUAUUGUCGGGUAAUAAAGAGAAGGAAUGCGGCAGUGACUUCGCCUACCUCUACUUCGUCUCCUUCAUCUUCCUCUGCUCCUUCCUGAUGCUGAAUCUGUUUGUGGCUGUGAUCAUGGAUAAUUUUGAAUAUUUGACGCGGGAUUCGUCCAUCUUGGGUCCUCACCAUCUGGACGAAUACGUGAGGAUCUGGGCGGAGUAUGAUCCAGCAGCGUGCGGACGCAUUCAUUAUAAGGACAUGUACAGUUUGUUGAGAGUAAUCGACCCCCCACUGGGCUUAGGCAAGAAAUGUCCACAUAGGGUGGCCUGCAAGAGACUGUUGCGUAUGGAUUUGCCAGUCGCCGAUGACAACACGGUGCACUUUAACUCCACCCUGAUGGCCUUAAUCCGCACGGCACUGGACAUCAAGAUCGCCAAGGGUGGUGUUGACAAACACCAGAUGGAUGCAGAGCUGAGGAAAGAGAUGAUGGCAAUUUGGCCCAAUCUCUCUCAGAAGACCCUGGACCUGCUGGUUACACCACACAAGUCAGCGACAGACCUGACGGUGGGGAAAAUCUACGCAGCCAUGAUGAUAAUGGAGUACUACCGCCAGAGCAAAGCCAAGAGGACGCAGGCCCUCCGCGAGGAGCAGAAUCGAACGCCAUUAAUGUUUCAGCGUUUGGAGCCCCCAUCCCCAACCCAGGGUGCCGGGCAAGGACUCAGUGGCCUUCCCGAAUCUCAACCGGACCCCUCCAGCAAACUGGCCAUUGAGGGGGUUCUCCCUGAGAGCCAGUCGUGGGUGACAGCACGGGCACAGGAGAUGUCCCAGAAGGCGGGCAGCUGGAGUCCAGAGGGGCAGCUGCCAGAGGAUGCCGGGAAAAGUCGGCCCAAUUCACAGACGGUAGAGAUGAGAGAGAUGGGGCAGGACGGUUACUCGGACACAGAGCACUAUCUGCCGAUGGAAGGCCAUGGCAGAGCUGCGUCUAUGCCUCGACUUCCAGCAGACACCCAAAGGAGGAAAGGGAGACAGCGUGGCUAUAACCUCAGUACCAUCUCAGACAGUAGCCCUCUGAGGCGCUCUGCUUCGUCUCUGGGGCACGGGCGAUCCGGGCGGGCCCUGAGGGGAGACGACUACGGCAUGGACCGUGCAAUCCCGGAAGAGGGACACAGACAUGGACACAGGCGCAGAGAUCGUAGCCAUCGAGCCUCUGAGAGAUCUCUCUGCCGCUACACCGAUGCAGACACAGGGCUCGGCACAGACCUCAGCACCACCACACAGUCAGGUGACUUGCCGGCAAGGAGCGAGAAGGACCGGGACCGUGGUCGACCCAAAGACCGCAAACACCACCACCACCAUCACCACCACCACGGUUCUGUGGACAAGGAACGCCACGGACUGGACCGCGAACGCGGGGACUACACCCACCGCCAGCCACGAGACAGGGACCGGCGCUGGUCACGCUCCCCCAGCGAGGGACGAGAGUGUUUGACACACAGACAGGGCAGUAGUUCGGUGAGUGGGAGUCCUGUCCCCUCGACUUCGGGGACAAGCACUCCACGCCGAGGGCGACGCCAGCUCCCCCAGACCCCCGCCACCCCACGGCCCCAUGUCACCUACUCUCCCGUGGUCCGUAAGCCCCUCAGCACCCCCCCUCCUGGUCCACAGAGCCGCCUUCCCACCCCUACUCCCCGCCGCUUCUCUCCGCCAGCCUCUGAGCCUCCUCCACUACCCCCCCACCAUCAUCCACCCAUGCCUCCUUCCCACCAGGACUCGCCCCACUCCACCCACCAUUCCCGCUGGGUACCAGGAACUGUGGACGGUGUGGAGGGCGACGGCAAUUUCUAUGACGACCAGGACUACGAGUUCGACCACCACGAUCCUCCGGCCUACGAUCAGAGUCCGACACAAGGCAACCCGCACCCCCACAACCACCCUUACAACCCUCCACAUCCUCGCUCCCCCAGGACUUCCCGACACGCGGACCCAUCCCCGGUCCAGCUACCCCCCCGCCGCAUGCCAAAUGGCUACCGCUCCUCCUCACCCUCACCACACCGCCACGCCCAGCCCCACCCCGGACCUCACAAACCCCCCCACCCCAGAGGCCCUCGAAAGGGGCUGCACGAACACUACAGCGAAACUGACGAGGAUGACUGGUGCUAG